AUGCCUGCUGCAAAGCUUCCCGAUCCUUGCAAUAGUCUUGGAGGCCUGACACCCAAAUCUGUAUUGCCGGCGGGAGCAGCAGCAGAUCCUCGUCCUUUAACUCCUGAGAGCGAGGAUAUUGAUGAGGGUUAUGAUGAAGACUUCCCCGACGAUUUCCCCUUCUGGUAUGGAGGAGCUAGUGGAGUGCAGCGGAUAGGGGCCACACGCAAGGCCUCGGUGGAUGCGGCGCCGUGCCCUGAAAACGAACAUGAAGGAAGGGAGGAAGAGCAUGAUGGUGGUGAAUACGAGCACGGAGAACCAAGGGAACGCCGCUCUUCAUAUCACGAUCAUGAUUCAGUCCUCCACUAUUUUGUUGCUACUAGUCAAAGUGAAAAUAAACUCGAUCGCUACCUAAGCAACAUCAUUGAAGCCUUUUUGAACGAACCAGCUCCGAUAUACGCUACUCAGCCUGACACCCCAGAAUCUAUGCGCGCUCGCUUCGUUCAAUCUGAGGUACCUCUGCGUUCAAAGGCGGCCGGACAGAUUGGAGUAGCAUCCGCAGAAGAAUAUUUGCGGACAGUCAAGUCCAACGUCAUUGACCGAGCGACUCGAGUCUCAUCUCCCAAAAUGAUUGGGCACAUGACAACCGCGCUACCUUAUUUCCAUCGGCCGCUUGCACGUCUUUUGGCCGCCAUGAAUCAGAACGUGGUGAAGCUCGAAACGGCGUCAACCAUGACGUACCUUGAGCGCCAGACAGUUGCGAUGCUUCAUCGCGAGUUUUAUAAUAAUCCGUCAUCCUUCUAUGAGGCUUACAUGCACAGCCCUGAACAUUCGCUCGGUGUAUUUUGUUCUGGUGGCACAAUAGCGAAUAUCACUGCCAUGUGGGCCGCGAGAAAUCGAGCACUUCCCUCAGAUCCACAAAAUGGCUUCAAAGGGGUGGAGAAGGAAGGAUUAUUCAAAGCAUUGAAACAUUAUGGCUAUGAAGGUGCAGUCAUCGUCGGUAGCAGACUGAUGCAUUACUCCUUCAAAAAGGCCGCGGAUUUGCUGGGGCUUGGUGAUGAAGGGCUGGUAACGAUCGAUUCUGAUGAUGCGUUCAGGAUGAGGAUGGACGAGCUUGAAGCCAAACUAUCUGAACUCCAAGCCAAGAAGUACCUGAUCAUUGCAGUAGUUGGGAUUGCCGGCACAACAGAAACAGGAUCUAUAGACCCUUUAGACCGCAUUGCCCUACAAUGCCAACGGCAGGGAAUUCACUUCCAUGUGGAUGCUGCAUGGGGUGGGCCUCUCAUUUUCUCCGCCGAACACCGCCCAAAGCUUCAUGGCAUUCACCAUGCCGAUACCAUCACUGUUGAUGGUCACAAACAACUCUACACACCCAUGGGUCUUGGGUUGCUUCUUUUCCAACAUCCCACCACCGCGCACGCAAUCCGAAAAACUGCAAACUACGUGAUACGACACGAUUCUCCUGAUCUCGGCAAGUUUACUCUUGAAGGCUCCCGACCCGCCAUAUCUCUCCAUCUUCAUGCCAGUUUGCAUCUUCUGGGACGGGACGGGCUCGAAUGUCUGGUCACGCGAAGUGCGACACUCGCGAGACAAAUGAGCGUUAGAAUAGAUACACAUCCCAGCUACGCAUUUCAAGGCCUCCAUCUGCCGGAAACAAACAUCUUCUUGUUCAGAUACCUGCCCAAAGAACUUCGUGUCAAAGUUCACACUGGCGAACCUCUAACAGAGGAAGAAGAUGCAUCCGUCAGUGAUUGUACCAGGCGGGUUCAAGUUGCUUUGGCCUCUGCUGGCACAGAGCCAUCAGAAGCAACGCAGGAGCCAUCGCCACCCACCGGCUUUGUUUCGCGGACACGGGUCAGAUUCCACGGCCGUGAUGUGGACGCGUUCCGCGUAGUGAUCGCCAAUCCUCUGACCAGCUGGGACGAUGUGGAGGAUGUUCUUCGCAACAUGCUCAUCAUUGGAGCCAAAGUGGAAGCAGAGAUUGCGAAUGAACGGCGUCCCUUGGUGGCACAACACGUACCUACUGUUCAGAAGGUAGAUGGAAAUGUCAAGGAAGACAUUAGCAGAUGGAGUGAGCUCCGAGUUCCCCAGAAGGGGGAGAAGAUGUGGGUGGGAUGGCCUUUCGAUAUGUAA